AUGAACACAAGGCAACCAAUUUCCUUUUCCUGUUUUGUUAUAUUUCUGAUUGCUGCCUCCAUCUCAGCUUCCAUCGAUGGUGGUAAUGAGACCGAUUAUCAAGCGCUCUUGAAGUUCAAAUCAAUGAUCAGGAAUGAAGAAGCUCUAAGCUCAUGGAACGCCUCCUUUCAUUUCUGUGAGUGGAGUGGCGUUUCAUGUGGGAAGCUGCACAGAAGAGUCAUUGCUCUACAACUGAGUUCCAAAGGCCUUGAAGGCUCCUUGUCUCCUCAUGUAGGGAACCUCAGCUUCCUUCGUUACUUUUCUCUCUUCCACAACAGCUUUCAAGGAACCAUCCCUCAUGAAAUCGCUCGUCUCUCCAGGCUACAUUACCUCUCUCUUGGCUAUAACAACUUCAGCGGGGUCAUUCCAGCUAACCUGUCUGCUUCUUCUAACCUUGUCGCGCUUGACCUUUCUGAUAACGAGCUAGUUGGAAGCAUACCCAAAGAGAUUAGUUUCCUCUCCAAACUUAAAUAUCUUUCGGUUGAUGAUAAUAAUUUAACCGGUGGAAUCCCGCGUGUCUUGGGGAAUAUAACAUCAAUGGACGUGUUCGUUGUUGCUGAAAAUCCGUUGGGUGGGAGCAUUCCUGACACCUUAGGCCACUGGAAUAGCUUAACACAACUUUACCUUGGUGCUUGUAACUUAUCUGGGACCAUCCCUCAUUCCAUUUUUAACCUCUCACUCCUAACCAAUUUUUCCUUGUCUGAGAAUCAGCUUACCGGUAGUCUUCCCUCAGCUUUAGGUACAACGCUCCCUCAUCUUACGUACCUUCAGUUAUGGGGUAACCAACUCACCGGAACUCUUCCACCCUCGAUAUCUAAUUGUUCGAAAUUAGAUUUUCUUGAAGUCCAUCUAAACAACUUCAGUGGGAAGUUGGAAAUUGACUUUGCAGAAAUGAAAGAUAUGUAUUUUAUAUCCUUUGGUGGUAACAACAUCUAUGGAUCCGGAGGUGCUGAUGACAUGAAGUUUAUUGAUACUUUGAAAAACUGUAGCAGAUUAGACACAUUGGAUCUUUUUAGUUGCACGUUUCAAGGACCAUUGCCUGCAUCAAUUGGUAAUCUUUCUGAUAGACUCAGUUAUCUAAGUUUAGGAGAAAAUCGUAUACAUGGAAACCUUCCUCCAGGUAUAGGUAAUCUAAUUGGCUUGACCAAUUUAGGUUUAGAAAAUAACCAGUUUACAGGAAAAAUCCCCUCAACCAUUGGUAAGCUUCAGAACCUACAAAUGGCUUCUCUACAUUACAACCAAUUUUCAGGGCCGAUUCCAGAUGCCAUUGGAAACUUAUCAUUGUUGACUAAGCUUUGGUUAAAUUCCAACAAAUUGGAACGACAUAUUCCAUCAAGCCUGGGAAAUUGUCGUAAUCUAUUAGAGUUGCACCUUGAUGACAAUCAACUCAGUGGGGGAAUACCUAGACAACUUCUUCAACUUACAUCUCUAACCAUCACACUAAAUCUUUCUCAAAACAACCUGGUCGGGUCGCUUCCAACAGAAAUUGGCAACCUCAAGAUGUUGACUUGUCUUGAUUUGUCAAAUAAUAAUUUAUCAGGUAACAUUCCCAGUAGCAUUGGUGGUUGCACUAGCCUUGUAUUCUUAUCCCUCAAAGAAUAUGCAAAUCUGUCCUUUAAUGACUUCCAGGGCAAUGUACCGGUGAUCGGAGUAUUUGCAAAUGCAAGUGCAUUCUCUGUUUUGGGUAAUAAUAGGCUUUGUGGUGGCUUGGCGGAAAUUAGGUUGCCCAAAUGUAAUACAAAGAAGCAUAACAAAAAGUUACCUUUGUUCGCCAUACUCAUUCUAACUGCAUCCACACUUUUCACCAUAUUAUGUUUUGCAUAUGUUUGGUGUAAGAAAAGGAAGAGUCAACCAUCUCAAUCAUCGAGGGACGAACGGUUCAUGAAAGUAUCAUAUGGACAACUUCUAAAGGCUACCAAUGGCUUCUCCCAAGCCAAUUUGAUUGGCGAGGGUGGGUUCGGCUCUGUUUAUAAAGGAGUCCUUGAUGAUACAGUUGUUGCAGUCAAAGUUCUACGUCUUCAAAACCGAGGUGCUCACAGAAGCUUUACAGCAGAGUGUCAAGCAUGGCGGAGUAUUCGACACCGGAAUCUGGUUAAGAUAAUAACUUCAUGUUCAAGUCUUGACUUUCAUGGCAAUGACUUCAAAGUUUUGGUAUACGAGUUCAUGCCCAACGGGAGUUUACAUGAUUGGUUACAUUCAAGUCCAAGUACAUCCAGAUUGAAUCUUUUCCAGAGAAUAAAUAUUCUCAUGGAUAUCGCAUCUACAAUUGAUUAUCUUCACAAUCACUGCCUAUCACCCAUCAUUCACUGUGACUUGAAGCCUAGCAACAUUCUACUUGAUGAUGAUAUGGUGGCCCAUGUUGGAGACUUUGGUUUAGCUCGAUUUCUUGGAACAAAUCCAAACAAAAAAGGUACAAGUGGCAUUAGAGGAACAAUUGGGUAUGCACCUCCAGAGUAUGGUGUUGGGAGCGAGAUGACAAGUAGUGGGGAUGUCUAUAGUUUUGGAAUACUAUUGUUGGAGGUGAUGACAGGGAAAAGGCCGACUGAUGACAUCUUUAAUGAAGGCCUUAGCCUUCAUAAAUUUGCACAUAUGGCCUUGCCAGACCAUGUAAUUGAUGUUAUUGAUGAUGAUCUUCUGAACUUUCUUCAAGAGGAUACUAUUCCUACGCAACGUACAACAGCAAAUGCAAAGAAAAUAGAGGAAUGUUUGUCUUCAACUGUUAAACUUGGAGUAUCAUGCUCCAUGGAGUCCCCACAACAACGGAUGCAUAUCGCAAAUGUUGUCCAUGAAUUACAGAAAAUUCUGGAUACACUGCAAAAUAUCCAUGGCUCCAUGUUCUCUCAUCUUCCUAAGUGA